GAUCAGGUUCGCGAAUCGGCAAGUUCGCACGAAAAACCUCGAACAAAUCCUUUUAGCUUUAUGUUUGUUCGGGAUCCUGAUUUAGAUUUGAAUCCUGUACCUUCCCGCUCGUGUCCGGCUAGGAAGUGAAAGACACCCCUGUUCUUCCAAUAUUUUUCGGAACGCUUAGUUUAAGAGUGAAGACAAGAUGGAUCCAGUCGGAGUCGUGGGUUUCGCGCUAGCGGCAAGUUCGCUCAUCGCAUCGCUCUUUCGAACUACUAGUCGUUUGGGUGGCAGUCACAUAGAAAUUCAUACUAUGGCGAUGGCUCUUGAAGCGGAAACAGCCCGUGCAAGCAGGUGGAGAGGGUACCAUGAAAGCCUGGACGCCGGUCACACAACGGAAGAUGAAGAAGCAGCCCGAAGAACGGAAGCAAUGGUGAUGGAACAUCUACAUGAGCUUCGGGCUAUGUUUGAGACGUUUCGCAUCAUGGAAAGAGGGAAGACUUCCAGACGAUCUCAGGAAUUUCAGAUUUCUCUGAGAUGGAUCACAAAGAGAAGAAUGGUUGUGAACACUUUGUAUCUCUGCAAACAGCUAAACGAUGCGAUAGACUCAUUGCGGCAGCCUACUAGAGAGAUCGAAAUCUUACGCAGGCAGACUCAGCAGCUCAUAGAUGGCCAGAAAGACAUAAUACAGAGUCUUGCCCAGGCACGUGAAGAGAUGUUAGGCUCUUCACAGCAACCUCGUAACCCUCUUCCUAGGAUCUCCCCUGGUUUAGAGGAACCUGUAUCUAAGAUCGAUCUGGAGAAUGCGGCCCAUGUGAAAGUACUCUAUGAGUUCGCAUUGCAGGGGCUUCUCAUCGUUGAAAAGCUUUUAGGCAGCCAAGAUGUCACACACGUUUACGAGAGACUCAAAAUCUGGGGAACUGGUCUUUUUGAUGGCCCUUUGGGGCUGGUCCAAAUUCUCGCUGCGUAUCCGGAUCAUAGCGGUCGUUCGGGUCCAGGGGCGAGUUGUGGCGUUUUCCAGUCUGCAUUCAUUGAAAUUCUCUUGGAUAUAGAACAGAUACAACUUGCGAUGAAAUCCGAGAAUGCAACUGUCUUGGCCUUCCAGAAUGACCUAGCCAACUUUUUGGAAGCUGAUAGUCCGAUCAGAGAGGAAAUCUUCUAUCGCACCUUACUUCGCAGCCCACGAAAUGGGGCGUUGCCCGAAAAAGACGUCAACAAAUAUCUAAGUUAUGUCGAUCAUGAAGUGGAAAAGCUGCCAGAAGAGGAAUUCAACAGAUAUUUGAGUCAUAUGGAAGAUGAAGUGGGCAAUCUGUUCGUUGCGCUCCGUGCUGUUGACUCAAUGCGUGACCUACUCGGGUAUCAACUUCAGAGGCAACCAAACGGGAAAACCUUUGCCACAGAAAAGCUCGAAAAUCCAGUCACAGUCGCUGAGCAACGCUUUGGACUCAUUGAUGAGAUGAUACGGCUAGUGGAAGGAGUGGUAUUAGCCUUAAGACGACUGGACGUGAACAGCAAAGGCGCUGUUAAAGAUUUGUUCUCGUUAUCAGAACAGUUCGAGAGAGAAUUGGGAGAGUUUGUGAAAUGGAGCAAGACUAUAGAAGGCAAAGUGACAGCGGACAUGACUAUUUUGCUGGAAAGACUCGCUGGCUCACUUCGAAAUGGAAUGCUCCCAGAUAUCCACUCUGGAAGUGGCGGCUCCGAGUACCAGCUGGUUCUGAUGAAGCCGACUUUGCUAGGGACGCUCCACACGUUCCAAGAAAGCAUUGCCAACCUUUACAUGCUCUCCGAGGGUGGGUUUGACCACAGCGAGGCCAGCCUUGCGGAUAAAAGAACACAGACUCUUGGGUUCGAACUGGGAGAUAUCCCCGAUAGGGUAGGGCCAUACGAUGGUCCAUAGCGCCUAAAUGCCUAUAAUUAUCGGUAUUGCACAAAGAGCACACAGGAAUCGCUAUAUUCACUACUUCCCCACAAUCAUUUGACCUG